GAUUCAUAGGUUGCGUCUUAACCCCUUGUGCCAACAAGGAGGCCCUCCUGCACCCCAGUUUUGAGCUCAGCGCUGCCUUCUCUGCUCUCCAGGUCAUGGCAGGUACCACAACCCUUGUCUCCGUCCUCCUGCUCCUGGCCCUGUGUGCCCACUGUCUUGCCCCUGCAGACUCCGUGGUCAUCCCCUCUACCUGCUGCAUGAACUUCAUUUCCAAGAGAAUUCCUGAGAGCCGAGUAGUCAGCUACCAGUUCUCCAGCAAGAGUGUCUGCCCCAAGGCGGGGGUGAUCUUCACCACCAAGAAGGGCAAGAAGUUCUGUGGCAACCCUGAGGACCAUUGGGUCCAGAGGUACAUGAAGAACCUGGAUGCCAAGAGGAGAAAGACCUCUGCUGGCACUGCGCCGAUGGCUGCCACAGUCAGUGCUCCGAGACGCCCUUGCAACAGCCCCUCCAUCUAAGUCCCUGGCCCUCCGCCCUGAGCUCCAGCCCAGGCCUCGCUCCUUGCCAGGCCACUUGGGGUCUGGUGAGCCAGCACAUUUAGGGGAAGAACUAAUGUUCCUGUUUCUUAGCAUCACUCUCAGGGGAUGUGUCUCGUCCAUAAAAAUCCCCAGGCAGCGGAGGCCUGCUGCUUGGAG